GCAUCCAUUAUUGAUGACAAUUCAUCUUCGAAAUUUAUUAUUCAUCAUCGAUGAAGCCCAAGGGGGAGGGCGCCAAGGCCAGAGUUUGACGACCCUUAAACUUCAUUAUGUGUCUCAAGGUAAAUAGGAAGACGGCUCUCCUCUCUGACAGUGUUCCUCUCCCUAGUGUGGGUUUAUGGCGGGUCAGGUCCAUCACGGACGGCGUUGACGAUCAUGACGAAGGCGAUGAGGAGGGUGGUGACGUCCACAUUUGUGUGUGCGUGCCCCGUGCUUGUGUGUGCGUGUGCUCAAUUGGUUUUUGUGCGCAAACUGAUUUAAGAGUACACAUUAUGGAGGGCGUGUGUAUACGACAUACAGUAUAUAAGACUCUCCGGGUAUUACUUACACCUCCACCCUUUUCCAUUCUGUGUAAAUGAAAAUGCAAGGCUAUAUUUGGAGGGAGCUGAUGUCACAAGUGGUUUGAGCGGAGAGCCUAUAACUGUUGGAGUCGGUUUGUGUGGCAGUCUGACAAACCCUGGACUGCUCCAGUGACAGACCUGAGAUCUGCUUUUUACUGGCAAACAAAAGACAAAGUAAAUCAACCGACACUAUGUAUCACCUGAGGGCGCCUGUGCUCGUCCUCAUGCUGCUUGUGUUGCUGCGCUGCGUCGCCACCGCCCCCAGGCACAGGUACUUCAGUCAGAGCUCAUCCACAGAGCGGGAAAGUGCUCUCCCGGACGGAGGCGAUGGCUGGAUAGCGCCGGGGCCAAUCUCCAGCCCGUUCCUCGGCCUCAUGGGAACGAGGCCGCAGAGGGGGCUCACAGCUGUGAACAGCCACCACAUGGAGAAGAGGAAGUGCAACACAGCCACCUGCGUCACCCAGAGGCUAGCAGACUUCUUGGUGCGCUCCAGCAACACAAUCGGCACCGUCUACGCACCAACCAACGUGGGAUCCUCCACCUACGGCAAGAGGGACCUACUGCAGCCGCCCGGUUGUCUGCCUCUCUAGUGCCGACUGGGGGCCUCACCAGCACUCCCAGUGCACCGAUGAUAUAAUCAGUCGUCUUGUGUAACAAUGAUUGUGAGAGCGGUGUUAAUAAUGGUGACAGUGAGGAUCAUCGACCACGUUCUUGUUUAUUGUAUCCUCUUGCGAGACAGUGCCUUUAAUUUUCAGCCAUCGAAGUUGGUGUAUGUUGAUUUAUUCUUUUUUUCUGGAUUUGUGUGUGCGCUGUGGCUCUGUGAGUAAUGUUCCACAAAGUAAUAAAAACAAUAAAUAAAGGAAAAGCGAUGCAGAGCAUUGUGGAAAUCUAUGUAAUCAUCUGUUGUUUUUUGUAAUAAAAUUGUAAAAAAUAAAAUACACUUUCAAAAAUC